UUCCUGAGUUCAUGGAGAUGAUGUCAUUGGAUGUGGCUGACAGCACUCAAGUAUAUGCUGCGUUCUUGGUUUACUUGGACCUCUUAGAAGGCAGAAACUGGCAUGAAGUGACAUGCGUUGGACUAGCAGAAUUCCAGCUCAUAUGUCUCCAUGGUCGUGAGAGAGAAGCUGAGAAUUUACAGUUUGUAGUGCCAACACCUGUCCACAUGUCAUUCACUCAUGAGAGGCUCAGAGAAAUCAUGAAGAAAGCUUGUAUCCCACAGGAGGAAACAGAUUCCUCACUGUCAGUCAUCCUGGCUAUAGUGGAGUCAGAUUCCACAGUAGUGUAUUAUAAACUGACCGACGGUUUCAUAAUGCCAGAUCCUCCUGAUGAUACUGAAGACAAGGAUAAUAAACAGUGGAAAAAGAAAAGAAGGAAGCUUUUGAGGUGACUUUAAGACAAAUAUGAAUGGUUUCUUGGCCUCUUAUUUUCACAUCUAAACAAAGCUAAAAAGUGGCAUUUGUGUAUGUAAAUUAGAAGGUAUAAUGACUUAUCUGCCGCAUCACAAAUCUUCAGUUACUCUGGAGAACUCAGACUUCUGCAGUAUAUUUGAAAAUAAAAUAUGUAACUUGUUUCAAGGCA